AUGGCAAGUCCAGGCUCAACGUCAACCGCCCUCGUGCGCAAGAGGGUAGCUGCGGAAAUGGAACUCAUGCCUCCGCCGCCACCGACGAAGAAGAUCAAGCGACCGAAACAGGUUCUCGACGAGGAGACGUACACAGAUGCGCUGUCGAAGAUCAUCGCGCGCGACUUUUUCCCCGGGCUCCUGGAGAGCGAGACACAGCAAGAAUACCUGGACGCAUUAGAUUCGAAUGAUCACCUAUGGAUUAAGAGCGCCGGCCGUCGCCUCAAACAUGUCAUGACUCCCGGUCGACAAAGGCUGAGACGACCAGUACAAAGCCAACCAGGAAGUCAGACACCAGUGGGCGCUGUAGGCGAUACACCCAUGUCCACCGUAUCUGCUGCAACCGCGGCUUCAGAGGUGCAAGCGGCACCCGAAAUCGACACGAAUAUGAGCCUCGGCGCAUUCCAGGGAAAAUACACCAGCGAAGAUAACGAGAGUUUCUACAAGCUCCUGGACAAACAGAACCAGAAGAGAGCUGGGAAAUACGGCUGGCUAUGGAGAGGCAACAAGCUGCCGUCGAAGCAAGAGUUGAAGCAGAUGGAGAUCAAGGCAAAGCUGGCCGCCAACGGGCAGUCUCUAGUCGAUGAUGGCUUCAAGAGAGACAGGCUUGCAAUCAAGGACAAGGACGACAGGCCCGCACUUCCGGACACAUGGAAGGCCGAUCCCAAGAACGGGCUGAUGUUCAAUCCGGAGAGCUUCGAUGAGUCGAGAGUGGAUACAGUAGCCUUGCGCUCGCAGGAGGCAUCCCGCGCAGGUCCCAAGACGAUUGUGUAUGCGAAUACGAGGAUGCCUGGCCCGGCCAUCGCACCCGACACGUCACGGCCGCCAUCCCCGACGCUCUCGACUGUUAGAGACGCCAUUGCAGGCCGCAUGAGGCCUGGGUAUCAGGACUCGACUUUUACCGGGGGAGACGAGACGCCCCGAGUAAAUGGAUACGCCUUCGUAGAUGAUGAGGAACCUGAGCCUGAGCCUGAGCCAUUAGCUUCGGCCUUGCCUGUCAUCAAUUUGGGCCCUGGUGAUGAGACGAAGAAUCCUUUCCAGAUUCAGGAGCAGGGAAAACGGGAAAGUCUGCAUCAUCGCAUGGUGGACCGGAUAGCUCAGUCGAAGCGUACAUCCGCGAAGGUUGGCUUCGUAGGGAAGGUUGAGAAGACGCCGGUCCCGAAAUUCCCCAACAGCCCACGAGUCACAGGAGGGCUGACGCCUGCGGCCCAACGUCUUUGGAGUCAGGUCGGUGGGGCGAACCGGGCCUCGAAUAGAACCCCGUUCCCAGGGACAGUCACGCCGAAAAACAAGACUUCGGGACUGAAGAACAUGACGAAGGGUUAA